UGUUCGUUAAGCGCAAUGUGAAUCGUAAUCAACAAAUCCGGCCACAAUGAUCCGUGCCAAGUUAAAACAAGCGUUUUGGAACUUUCUCCACUUUUUGUGCUGUGAUCCCAAACGAUUGGUGAGAGCGAUUGUUCUAAGUGUUUGCAGUGUGGUCGUUAUUUUUCAGCUUACCGAGUGCUUCCAGAAGCUCAUUGGUCCCCCAAUAACAACUCAUUCGCGAUUUGACUUGAACGACUCGAUGCUGUAUCCGGCUGUCACCUUUUGUCGUGAUCCUCCGUACAAGCAGGAGGUGAUGGAGCGGUACAAUCUUACACAACAUCCAAAGUAUUCGAGUGCCUUCAAUAAUUUUAAUUUCAACGAAAGUUCGUUAGCGGACUUGUUUCGUGAAGCCACCUACAAUAAAAGUGAAUUCUUCAUUCAGUACGGCUUAAACGGAUUAGCGGAAAACGUUGAGGUUAUCAGCAGCAUGCAUUUUGACAUGGGCCAGUGUUUCACACUGAACCCAUUGACCACGACGACACAUUCCUGGAAAGAGGCGGGAUUCUCGAUUUUGUUAUUGCACGAUACAAGACCUGCGGAAUACUUCCUCUCUGAAAAUUUACCAGGAUGGCAUGUGUUCAUUCACGACCAGGCGGAGGGUUUUGCAGAAAAUCGCAUGCAAUCUUCCGGGCGAGUCGAAUAUCUGUUUAUGGAGGUAGACGAGGAAGUUGAAGUAAAACUAACCACACAGCACUUCCAAAUGCUUCCCAGUUCGGAAAAUGAUUGCACGGAGGGAUCGGAAAUAAGUUCCACCAGGUGCAGUGAAUUAUGCCACUGGCGUCACGUGGUUGAGGCUGUUGGCUGCACCGGCCCUUGGAUGCCGGACAUCGAGGCCGAACAGUGCCAUACUGCCAAUGAUACCCAACAGUUAAUCAAGCACUAUAAGGCAAUGGAAGAUAUGGACAGCACGGUAUGCGGAUGUUUUCAGCCAUGCUCGAGUACGAUUUUCACCACCUACGUAAUGAAUCGUAAAAGCAUCAAUAUUACGCUCCCUGCUGGGCAGUUUUGGUUAUACUACACCUCGAAGAUGGUUUCUAUUGUAGAGGAAUUCCACAGUUACGAUUUGACGCAGUUCGUGGCCGAUUUGGGAGGAUCACUGGGAUUUCUCUUGGGGCUUUCGGUACUGGGGCUAAUCGGACUGUUGGAAAAAAUUGUCCAGCUGGUUUUCAUCCGAAGUCUUAUCGCCGAGAAAAGGAAUAAACAGAAAAUCGACGGGUGUUCCGAAACUAGUAUCACUGAUAAAAAGGGUGACGAUUUCAGUCAGACCGAUGCCUCCGAUGCAACGCUGGCCGUUCAAAAUAUAAGCAAAUAAUUUCUUCAAUCAAUGAGGAUUCGUAACGUGUCUUGAAUAUAAUUGAGUUCGUGUUAAUGAUGGCCCCCAAAAGUAGAAUAAGUGAUUGAUUUGAUUUUACCAGAACUUUUCUUCAAAUUUCGAAAGUGGCAUGUUAAUAUAUUUGUUGAAAACUGGUAUAAUUUAGGUGAACUUAACGGAGGUUGUUUUGCGCAUCAUUAAAGAGUUGUAAAUUGUGAAGGAAAUUGUUUAUUGCAGUUUCUAACAAGGCGUCGUACCCGUCCUAGUGAAAAUUUAUGGAUAAACCUAAGCAUGUUGUUUCGAAGUGAAAAACCAGCCUUCAAAAUAAAUUCUUCAUGUAGGUUGCUUUGCAACAUCUUCUGUGUAGUAUGUGAAGGAGAAAACAGUUGAGGCCCAUUCAUAUAGAAGCCAAAAAUAGAACUGUAUAUAUAAACACAACAGACUAAUCGGAUUUAAAAGAGUGUUGUGUAGCAAAGCAGGGUUAGCAUCGCAUGCAGAGUAAAGUGUUGCUGCAAUUUAUUCACUAUGGAACAUUGAAAAGAAAAAUAUUUUAUUUCAAAGCAAUGCAGUAUCCAGCGAACUUGUCCAAACAAUAUUUGGAUAGAGAUUAUUUAAAAUUUGCAGAAUGUUGGUUUUCAACCUGGCUAAGGGAAUCUGUCUUCAUAAAUUUUAUGCCAAAACACAAAAACAGAAAUUUAACAAAUUCAGAGAUUUCUCAAAUUUUUUUUUAAGCAAUUUUAAUUCCCGAAUAUUCUAUCAAAUUUAAAGCUUUCACAUAGUUUUCAAAGUAUCUACUUUAUGAGAUAUCCACAGUUUUUAGUUGAAUGUAAAUGUUCCGUCAGAUGAAUAUACGACGGCUGACUUGCUAGACCAGAAUCGAACCUUGAGACCAGCUAUUUACACACUUAAAAAUGAUGCAUAUUACUGAGCUAUCACGGUUUAACCUCAAUUUACUCAAAAUUCAGCAAAAAAAGAAAAACCAUGAUUCAAUAAGUCUACCGAGUUUAAGAAUAUUUUGUUCACGAAUAGUUUUUCGAUGGCGACAAGUAGGUUGAAAGGCUGGAAAAAACGAUUGACUUAAGAUCCGAGCUUCACAGAACCAGUACGUCCAUCAGGUGUCUCCAGAAGAACUGACAUUUGUCAUUUGAGGUUGACCGUGAAAUUAUGCUUAUGUGUGAAUAAAGGGGACAAAAAUAAUACAAAUGCAGCGUGCAAAGUCUUGCUUACACAUGCAUUGCGGUUCUUGGUUGUAUGUUCUCCUACAGAAACAAAUACAAGCGUGUGGCCAUUAUAUAUUUUGUUACUUCUUGGUUAUUACUUUUUGUGUCUCAUGCACGGUCAUAAGACACAAAAAGUAAUAAAAUUUCGCUCAAAAGUAACAAAAUCUUUCCCGUUUGUGUUGGGUGCAGAAUCACAAAAACACUAAAUAAGGUAGAGAUAUUAUUGUCUUACCAUUGACACCUUGAUGAUAUAUUAUAAAUUACAGCUUUGUAGUUGCUAAAUGAGUCGUUGCGGAACAGAGUGGUCUGAAAACCAUUUUUUUAAAAGAGUUUUUGCAUAGUGGCAUCUACUCAAAAAGCUGAAGUUGGGCAAUUAGAAAAAUUUCGAGAAAUCGAACUGUAAAGCUGAUUUAUACCAUGUUGAAAUUUCGUCCGAAACAGAAUGGCCAUGGCUAUGUAAAUAAAUUGGCAUAAUACCACCAUGUAACAUGGAAUCGCUUUACUGAGUAUUGCAACACCCAGUUUGAAUAUUGCAACACUCCGAAAAGUUUGGCAUCACUUGAAAUGGACACAUUUUUAUAACUCUAUCUUUUGAUUAUGGAAACCUAGAGAGUUGGGGUCUUCAGCAAAGUUGCUCAGGAGGGAAAGAGCUUGUAUUUGAAUGAUUUGAGCGUGAGUUUUGAGCGUUUCGAACUCAGUUUAGCUCAAUAAUCCCACCAUUUAGAGAGUUGCGAUUUUCAGCAAAGUUACUUAGGAAGUCAAGGGCCUGUAAUUGGCGGACAGUAUAGUGCGGAAUUCAUCCACAACGCAGCGCAAGUGUGCAUGUAGUUUUGAGUGUUACCUUAUUUAGCUCAAUAAUCCCACCAUUUAAAGAGUUGCGAUUUUCAGCAAAAUUACUGAGGAGGUCAAGAGUUUCUGGUUG